GCUCUUUUGGUUGUGGACAACACGUUUGCUUCGUUGACGCUUCUAGUAAGCGGAUACCAUAGAAGAAGCGCUAAGUAGGUAUCUACAAAGACUUGCUCUCAAAAUACCUCGUCAUUUGUGACCGACGAUUGUGAUAAAGGCCGUUUUGAGUCGAGCACUCGUCGAGUUCGGACUGCGCUUUGUUGCAGCGCCAAUUUUAAGACAAAGGUUCAUGGACGGCGAAGGCUCGAUAUAAACGGUCGUGCACAAGCUUUAUCAGAGAGGAAAAUCCUCCCACACAACAAGAAACGCGAGUCGAUUAGUAUGGCAGGAGAUCAAGAGGAGCCCGAAGUCCUGGCACACGAACCCAUGCCCAAAGGCUACAGAUUCGUCCCCAAAGGCAACGUCUACAUCACUAAGAAUUGCCGCAAGAAGACACACGAAGCAGAGAGAACUCUUUACGUCGUUGUCAAUAAAAAAGGAAAGCCAACGGGCCUACGGUGCCCCGCCUACAUCCACAAUGCCGUCAUGAGCGAGAACAAGGCGACCGCGGCGCAGCGAGCCGAGGCGGUCCAGAAGCGGGACGCAGUCAUUGAAGAGAACUUCGAGGAGGCGAUAGUGAAGCUUUUUCCCGAGAUCCCCAAGUCAGAGGUUCCGCAGAUCCUCAAGCACUCGCUCAAGAAGCACAGCAGGCGCGUGGGGAGGACUGGGACGGUAGCCCUGCAAGACAGGGUGAAGCUUGCGGUGCGCGCGCACAUCCGACACGUCCACACCGAAUACGACGAGCUGCUCAAGCACGGCGCGAGUAGGCCGACUGCGAGGGAGAAGAUAUGGGACAGGCUGAACGAGGUUGCGAGGCAGUGGGGUGGGCGGCCACUCAAACUAGCCGUGACGGGACCCGUUAAAGAUAGGCCGACGAAGAAGGGCAGGAUGGCGAUAGCUUCCGGAAAGAAAACGAAGGGCAGCGCUGAAGUCAAGAAGGCCAUGGUUGACACGGCUCGUAUGGCGACUCGUCGGAGGAGUCGCGAGGCACUAGGACUGUCACCACCCGCUAUUCCGACGGCCCUGCAGGCAAACUUGACGCACACAGGUCUCCGCGCUCGCACACGUGGUACGGCUAGUGAAGUUGUGAUGCUAGGGGCUGGGGAUGACCUUGUGGUGGAAGACCUGGAUAUGAAUACCGGUGACUCCUUCUUUACCAGCGGUGAAGAGACAAGCGACUAUAACAGCGAUGGCAGUGAGUGGAGUUGAAACUAAAGCAACAUCAACCUGCGAGGUAGUGGGCUGAAGGGGGACGGUCUUACACAAGGGCUAUUUUAAUUAUCUGUAUAAUUAGCGUUGGCCGGAAAACACACGCUGGAGAAGUAACAAUAGGAAC